CAAAAAAGUAACGGGUCUACGACCCCCUGCGUCCCUGGACGACUACGCCCCUGCCUGAGGACACCACUGCUUGGUAGCGGUAUAGUAUGAAAGGAUUGGGCUGAAGUGGGGAGUGCUGCCCCCCAAGGGCGAAUCGUCUAGGGGCCACUAUAACCUGACCCGAUCAUGGUGUCUGUAACUAAAGGCUGGACGCAGCAGGUGACCGAGAAGGAAGCAGAACAGCAAGCAGCGGGCGGAUUCCCUCCCAGCGCCUUAAAGCCCAAUCCUAACUAUGCCUACUAAGAAUCUUAGUUCUGUGGACCAGACCCAGAAGGAAACCGCCAAUCAAAGAAGGAGCUGUGAUCCAAUUAAGGCUGUGAUCCAAAGAAGAGGUAUGCACAUAUGUGAGAAGAAUAAUAUACUACCAAGAGCUUCACCACCUGUUUCCACUACAGUUGAUUCUAUGGUUGAAGAGACAAAAGCUUUGUUUGGAUAGUGAAAAGUAUGAGUGCUUAUGCUGACAUCUGUGCAUCCAAGCAGACGCAGCAGGGUGCCACAGAGGGUGGUUACCAGCGCUAUGGAGUUCGCUCUUACCUGCAUCAAUUUUAUGAGGACUGCACAGCAUCCAUUUGGGAGUAUGAUGAUGAUUUUCAGAUCCAGAGAUCACCAAGCAGGUGGAGCUCUGCAUUCUGGAAGGUCGGACUCAUCUCGGGGACCAUGUUUAUGCUGACAGGGAUAAUAGUUCUUAUAGUAGGUUUUCUUGUGUCCCCCAAAAUCGAAGCCCUGGGAGUAGAAGAUUUUGUGGUGGUGGAUGCACGUGCUGUUCAGUUUAACAGAGCCCUUGACAUAUGUAAGUUGGCCGGAGCAAUAUUAUUUUGUAUUGGAGGAACCACAAUGGCGGCCUGCUUGCUCAUGUCUGCAUUUGCUAAAAGCUACUCCAAAGAGGAAAAAUACCUGCAGCAGAAAUUUAAAGAGAGAAUUGCAGACAUAAAAGCCCAUUCACACCCCAUCACAAAAGCCCCAGCGCCUGGAGAAUCCAAGAUACCCGUCACGUUGUCCAAAGUUCAAAAUGUCCAGCCGUUAUCUGAAACCUGAUGUAUGUUUUUUUCUUUCCUAAUGUACCCAUCUUGUGAAUUUGAAAAGGUCAUUUUUGGCCUGUGUAUGAAUCUGCGUUUGCAAUGCAACAUACCUGCACUCUACACUCUACACCCAGUAGGGAAGAAGGUAGAAGUGGCCUGAAGGGGAAAGUUCAGCUACCCGUGGAUUGAACAAUGCAUUAAUAUAUGAGUUUUGAUUUUUUUUAAAAUUGUGUUGAACUAUUCUGAUCCAUCAAACCUUGCAAAAUGCAGUUUGAUUCCCCUUCCCAGCUCUGAAUGUGUUUUUUUUUGUUUCCAGUUAAUUGGCAUAUUUAUACCUGUUUUAUUAUGGAGAGCUUCAACUGCAAGUUAUGCUCUCUUCAAAAACCAUAGCCAAAGUCCAACAAAACUAUAUAGAGGCAUGUUGGAGAGAACCAUCAUGCAGACAAUGGGAGUUCCUUGUCAUUUCCACCACACAUGCUUGUACUGCUGGAGAAGAAAGCUGUCCUGUAAACAAAAAAGCACUUUGUCUCUAUAACAGCAUGACCUGCUGUGGUGGGAAAACCAACCAGCUCCACGUGAUUCUCAUCCACAUUACUCGUAGAGUUUUACUGGAUUGUUUCUAAUGCCCUCACCUGAUUGUUUGAUUUUUUAAAUAUAAAUGGCAGAUCAUCAACUUCAUAUUCUAUAUUAUUCCAGUCCUGUUAUAGAAGAGUUCCGUCCAGCUCUUCUUUGUAAAGAAGUCCCUUCAUUCCUGUCAUCAGAAUAAGAACAGCCACAAAAUUGCCUUAAGAUUCUACCAGUGCAAUCCCAUGCAUGCUUACUAGAAGGAAGUCACAUUGAGUUCAGUAGACUUCUUUCCAUGUAAGUGUCAGCUGAAGUAACCAAGAGUGAAUGUACACACACAAAGGAAUACAUGCCUAGUUCUGCUCCCCUCAUUGAAGAGGGCAUUAAAGACCCCAUCCCUGCAGCAAGGUUCUGGAUUGGGGAAUCUACAGGACAAGUUUCUCAAUUUUCUUGCCCAGCUUCCCUGAAUUUCAGUGGGAUGUAUGCAGGAAAAUUUCCUGGUGGAUCAUGCAUAUCUUUAAAUCUGAGAGAGUCUUCAUUCCUUAAAACUCAUUGCCUAACCUUGAAAGAAACUAUUAAAUGUGAUGCUUCUAUUUUUCUAGAUAAUAGAGCUUAUCCUUAACCAUAGUACAGCUGUGUCAGUGCUUACCUACAGAUUUGUCCUUUCCACUAAAGAUAUAAACCAUCUUUGUCUAUUAAAACAACAAUUCUCCUCCCUUUAAUCUGUGGAUCUAAAUCAAGACUGUGUAAAGAGAUGUGAACUUUAUA